CUUCACAAGGACAGGAAAAUAAAUUCCUUCAGAGCCCUUAUCCAUUCAAUAAUUUCACAUCUUCUGGCCUAAUUUGCCAUACGUUCUUCUGAACAGGACAGUCUUGAUCUAAGGUCGCAGUGAAACACUUUGGACAAUGGCGGCAGACUGGUUGGGCAGUCUUGUUUCUAUUAACUGCGGCCCUACGCUCGGAGUGUACCAAGGAGAGGUGUCCUCGGUCAAUCAGACUAGCCAGACCAUCUCCCUCCGACAGCCUUUCCACAAUGGAGUCAAGUGCCCCGUUCCUGAAGUCACAUUCAGUGCCAUGGACAUCAAGGAUCUGAAGAUCCUGAACAUUCGUGGUGGUGGCAUCGGGAAUGGCUUCACGCAGACAGUCUCCUUCGGGGGGCAGGGGGGACGUGGUGGUGGUGGUGGUGGAAGGACAGCCGGUGCCCCGGCCGGUAGUGCCCCUAUGGCGGUGCCCGGUCGGGCGGAUCCGAGUGGGAUGGGGGAUGGGCACGCAUCCCCCCAGCAGCAGCAGCAGCAGCAGUGCUCCAAGAGCUACGGUGAGAAACACAUGAUGGAGAUGGCCGGACAGAACAAGGGCUCCUUCCGCCGGAGACACAACUCAUGGUCCUCUAGCAGUAGAGGAGGGAACCAGGCGACGACGCCGAAGAGGAACGGGGUGAGAAACGGCGGCAAGAACAAAGACGACGAAUGUUUCGGGGACGGCGUCGACGACGACCUGGACGAGGACUUUGACUUCGAGGGCAACCUGGCGCUGUUCGACAAGGCGGCCGUCUUCUCCCAGAUCGACACGUCGUCGCGGUCACGAGGGACGCCCGAGAAGCAGCAGACUCCCGCGCGCUACCGGCACGACGAGAACAUUCUGGAAGCCAAGCCCGUCACCUACCGACAGAUAGCCGUGCCUCAGCCAGGGACACAAGAGUAUUGCACAGACACGGGGCUGGUGGUGCCAAGUGUUACCUAUGAGCUCCACAAGCGGCUGCUGAGCGUGGCCGAGAAGCACGGGCUCUCCCUGGAGCGCCGCCUCGAGAUGACCGGAGUGUGUGCCAGCCAGAUGGCACUUACACUACUGGGCGGACCAAACAGGCUCACCCCUAAGAAUGUGCACCAGAGGCCCACGGUGGUGCUGCUGUGCGGUCCGCACGUGCAGGGUGCGCAGGGCAUCAGCUGCGGGAGGCACCUGGCCAAUCACGAGGUGGAGGUGGUCCUCUUCCUGCCCAACUUUGUCAAGAUGCUGGAGGCCAUCACCAGCGAGCUCUCGCUCUUCAACAAAACGGGCGGCAAACAGGUGUCCAGUGUCAAAGACCUGCCCACCAGCCCGGUGGACUUGGUCAUCAGCUGCCUGGACAGCCACGAGAACGCCACGCUCCGGGAGCAGCCCUGGUACCGCGCGGCGGCCGACUGGGCCAAUCAGAACCGGGCGCCCGUGCUGAGCAUUGACCCGCCGGUGAGCGGGCGCGAGGCGGCGGUGGAGUCCAAGUGGGCGCUGUCGCUGGGCCUGCCACUGCCGCUGUCGGAGAGCGUGGGCCGCGUCUACCUGUGCGACAUCGGCGUGCCCAGACAGGUGUUCCAGGAGGUGGGCAUCAAGUACCACUCGCCCUUCGGCUGCAAGUUUGUCAUCCCGCUACACUCGCCGUAGUCAUGGUGAUGAACAAACCCAAACUGCAGUGCAGACCCAAACCUCCCUACGUCAACCCCCAUCAAAACUUGAACUUUCACCCCUCGACCUCCGGAUUAUUUGGGGUCUGGGGUUGUUUAUAGCCAGAGAUGAGCCUUAAACUUCCUGAUCACCGAA